AAGAUUGCGCUGCGGGUCUCCUACCGUUCCUCUGGCUCUGAAACACCAUCUGCAAUUUGAAACUGCAAAAGGCAAUCUGACUUUGACAAGAGAAAGUUGUAUCGGAGACACUGCUUGCCUUCUUCAUCAAAGGUUUGAAAUAGAAAGACGGAUGAAGCUCCAGCACGUGGUCCUGGGCUCUCUGCUUCUCCUGCUGCUGGUGGGCUGCCUCAGCACCCUGAGGACCUCCGGCAUCAACCUGCGCACGUUCGUCGGCUGUGCUGUGCGGGAGUUCACCUUCCUGGCCAAGAAGCCUGGCUGCAAGCGGCUGCGCAUCACCACGGACGCUUGCUGGGGCCGCUGCUACACGUGGGAGAAGCCAGUGCUGGAGCCACCUUACAUCGAGGCUUACCACCGUGUCUGCACCUACAACGAGACCAAGAUGGUGACGGUGAAGCUGCCCAAGUGUGCCCCUAACGUGGACCCGUUUUACUCGUACCCGGUGGCCAUCCGCUGCGACUGCGAUGUCUGUUCCACGGCGACUACCGAAUGUGAGACCGCCUGAGCUCUCCUUUCCCAGGUCUGGUUGGGAUGGGCCAAAUUCUUCCCUGGCUUUCUACCCCUGGUACCUCCAGUGUUACAGAGGGUGUAAGCUAGUCCAGAAUUUGAUCCAUAAAUCUAGUGCUCCUAAUCACUGACUUUUCUGGGCAGAUGAGGCUUAGUUGCCUCUCCCUAUCCUCUUGUUUAAAGCAUUGCUGAUGUAGAAAUGUAGUAUACAGCCUUGCAACAGCAAAUCCUAUGGAAAAAAAAAUGGAUGCAGUUUCCCUUCCUUACAGGCAUUUUGUAGUAUGCGACUUUUCUUCAUGCACAAAGCGCACAUGGUCUAGCCAGUCGCAGAGGGGUGAAAACUGGGUACAAAGGCUUUAUGGUCUGUGACCUCUUUAUUCAUUUCAUUUUUUAAACACCUUUCCAGGAAUGUAAAUGCGAAAAGCAGCAUUCCCCCCUCCCUAUCACUCCUCCUUAGCCUGAGAUCUGUCAGGAGUAGCUGUCAAAGAAAAGGCCUUAAGGCCAGUGAAAUGGAAAUGGGUGUCAAAAUUACAGUCUCGAAAUUAGGAUUAAUGCAAUCUAAGCCUUGACUCAGCAAAGUACUUAAGCUCAUAAUCAAGUGUUUUGCUUAGUAUUUGUGGACUUACAGUUAAGCACAUAUUUCAGUGAUUUAAUUGGAGCUAUUAUGUUGAAAAAUUCUUGUCUUGAAAGAGAAAAUUCCUUAAAAAAAGAGAGAAAUGCAUUAAAUUUGUAAAAUCAAAAUUGCAUUUCUUCUCAUCCUGCUUCUGUCUAGGGAUAAGAGAGGAACUGACUUCAUGUGAAAUCAGAGACUCUGCACAGCUGAGUGUGUCUCUCUUGACCAUUUCCAGAGCUAAAAGGUGAUCAACUCAAAAUACAGUGGUUGUUGUUGGGCUUCAGUGAGGCCUGGCUGAGGUGGCAGGAAAAAAGAGGGCUGCAUAGGGUAUUCCCGCACUUCCCUGUGCUGCUCAGCUCCAUGGAGUCCUGCUUUUCAGAAGGAAACAUGUAUGGAGAGCUGGAGAAGAGCCAGGAAUUCCCUCAGGAGAGCUAUGGAGUUGUGACUUUGAUACCCCAAAAUGUGGCCAAAGUAGGUGGGACAGGCCCAGGACAGGGAAGACAGCAGACGUGUCAAAGGAUGGUUCAAAGGUGGGAUGGUCCUUGCCAGACCCACUAUUUAUGAACUAGGAAGACGUGGGAGCUGUUAUGAUGGUCCCCCAGUGACCACAGCCACGUAAGUGCCUUGUCCUCUGGUUCCCGGAUGGAAGAGGACAGAUCCUCGUUCAUCUCUGAUUUCUCCCCUGAACAGUAUGGGAAUUUUGGGAAUCAUGAAAGUUUUGCCAAGUAGGGGAGGCUCACCGGAGGCUAUAACACAAAGAUAGCUGUGAGGAGAGGAUUCCUGCUCAGAAUAAUAUCAGCACCUGCAUUCCCACCUGAUUAAGUGGGAAGCAGUCUUUUCUUCUGAAGCAGUCUCCUUCAUUUCCAGGGAUGAAAUUGAGCUUUCCAUAAGUGUCCUGUCCUCGCUGAGAGAGCUUUUUUCAUUUAAACUGUAAAGUAUUAGUUGCUGUCACUUUUUUGCCUGUGGAAUUGCGAAAGCUGCACUGUGGUUGGGUGGGAAGGAGGUGAUUUUGUAAUUCUGCCUUCUGGAAUUCCUGAAUAGAGACUCCUGUGUUAAACAGCAGCAGUAGCACUUUUCUGCUGAUGGUGAUUUUAAGUGCCUUUUAAAAAGUCCUUGCAUUUUGUGCCAGGUUGCAUCUCACAAUCUCUCCAGUCUUGUUAUUGUUCUUACUGGCAUCACAACUACCAUGGGAAACUUGCAGAUUAUUUUCUGUGUCCUUAAUAAACCCAAAAAUCGUAGUAUGAGAGCAAUUUAAA